AUGGCUUUAUGUAUUUACUGUAGCAGCAAUAUCUAUUAGAAAUCCAGAUAGACUAGAAUAUUAUGUAAAGCAGCCUAAAACAAUCUAGGCCUUGAGAGAAAUUAGAGAGAUGAAUCCUUAGCUAUAGAAGAGUACUUUGAUAGUCAUAACUUAGAUGAGGAAUUCUAUGAUGAUAUCAAAUGGGAAACAUAAACCUAUGCGAUUCAAGAUGCUUAGUUGAAAGCACAAAAGAUCCCAAAUAUUACUCAUCAUAUUUGGCUAACUGACCCUAAUAAUCCAGUUGAUAUUGAUAGUCAUCCUCAUAACCAGGAGAUGAUAGAGACUACUUUAGAAAAUAUGGCUCAUUUGAAAUUCUAGCAUUUACUUUGGAUAAAUAUUGAAAACGGCUUAGAGAAGACUAAAAAAUGGGCUGCUGAUAAAAAGCUGCAGGUUAGAUAUUUUAAAUCAAUAAUGACUAAGAAAAAUUAGGAAGUGUUUUAAGUUAUUGAUGAUUAUAUUGCUAAAGGCUAGGUGAUUUUUGCUGCUGACCUGUUUAGAUAUCUAGUAGUUUUUGAGAUGGGAGGCGUGUAUCUUGAUGUUGAUUAAGUAGUGUUUGAGUACGACUUGAUCCUGCACAAAUUAGACUUGGUACUUUACAGCUAGCAGUAUUCAGGGAUUUAAUCUGUUGAGACCUCAUUCAUGGCAUCCAAGCCUCAAAAUCCUUUGUUCAAAGAGGUCAUGAAAUAAAUAGUUAAAUUAAACAAAGAUGAUAAUGGCUAAAUCUUCAAGUCUAAGUGCUAUCAAUAGUCUUACUAUAGGAUCAUGUAUGAAACUGGGCCAUUUAGAUUCUCGGUCGCAUUUAAUAAAGUACUUAAGGAGGGCUUAAUUGAUGAUCAAAACUACAUAAUUUUACACUAUCGCAUUGCUACUUAAGGAUCAUGCCCAAGUUAUCAAUAAUACUUUGAAUAGUGUAUGAAAGAACUCAAACUAGUUUUAAUUCAAGGAUAUCCCAUUCUAAUUAAUGUGACUAUGAAGCAUUUAUCAUUUGGCUCUUGGCAUAAUAUUAAGCAAGAAUUAAGUUUACUUAGAUAAAGUUGA